AUGGAUGGCUCUACCAUCAUAAUCAACAAGCAGGUUCAGCGGCGGCAGAUGCACUCGUGUGAUACGUGCCGCCGCCGAAAGAUCAAAUGUGACUCGGUCAACAAGGCCCACUGCACUGCCUGUCGAAAAUCCGGGGUGGAAUGCAGGUUCAGCCUCACGUGGAAACGACAUGCCAGUCGAAGCGUCGACGCGCCCGUUCCAUCGGCUGCAUCACCUUCCAAUUCCACCGAUGUUGUCCCCCAAACCACCUUGGAAGAAGUCGUCCCAUUCACCGACAAUGGCGCGACCACUCCGGCACCCCUCGAAUCUGGACGGGUGGUAGCACCGGCGCCAUGCAACGCCGUGGACACCCUCUCUCAGUUCUUCCACAAGGGCGUCUGGUCCUCGUCGUGGGCCGAGUUCGAUGACUAUGAACGCCUACGCCUUGCCUACAUUGGCACUUCGGGAUCCAAUUUCUCCCACCUAGUCAAUUUGAACCGGGAGGGCCAGCGCUUCCUGACCUACCCCCAUCCUCCAAUCCACCCACACCUACCCUGGAAGCCCCAGGCGCAGCACUACCUGAACAAGGGUCCGCUCCUGGAAAAUGUCCGCCAGUUAAGCUCUUUCCCGGCCAAGGAGAUACGGAACGAACUGGUCGAGGCCUUCUUCGAAAAGAUUCACCCCUACUUUCCCGUCUUGGACGAGGCCGACUUCCGCCGCCAGUACAAAGAUCCUUUCAAUCCGCCACCGCUACUGCUGUUCCAGGCCGUUCUGCUAGCCGGAGCCCAUGUCUGUAACCAUCCAAGGGUGGCGAAUACUCGACAAGCGGUCAAAUCGAUCCUCUACCAUCGAGUAAAGAUCCUUUUCGAUUUGCGUCACGAAAAUAAUCGCGUCCACCUUGUCCAGGCAGCCCUGCUUCUCACAUGGCAUCUCGAGGAUUCCGACUCGGUCAGCCUCAACAGUUAUUACUGGGUUGGAGUGGCGUGCCGGAUCGCCUUUGGCAUCGGUCUACACCGUAACCUCAUGGACGAACCUGAUAUUCCGGGCCGGAUGCCUGCUUGUGACCGGAGGCUCCAUCGCCGAGUUUGGUGGGUCUUAUUCCAGACCGAAGUCAUGUCGGCAUUGGAACAUGGACGACCAUCAAUGAUCAAUCGUGACGACUAUGACCAACCCCCUCUAGAAUUGAGUGACUUUUGUGAACAGAAUGGUCAGAUCAAUACCAGAGUCAACCUUGAAUAUUGCUCCAGAAAUAUCGAGCUGUGUGAGAUGAUCCUGGAAAUCCAGCGUGCGACCUCUCCUGGUGCCAUACUUCGAGGCGAAUAUCCUGACGUGAAAUCCCUCAAUUCCAGGUUGAUCAAAUGGGCCAUAGCAGUCCCUCUGACCCAAACCUUUUGGAGCCUCCAACUGCAACUUCAUUACCAGACCGUCGCCAUCCACUUGCAUCGGCUGUACCUGGACGGAGCAGAGAGAAUAGCCCAGUCUCCCGAUUCAAAUGACCAGUGCAAUGCAGCAGCCCAAAUGAUUCUGUCCAUUUUCGACGCCAUUAUUCGCAUCGGAGUAUUGCAACAGUGCUAUUUCCCCAGCGUGGUGGCUCUCAUCGCGGCUGGCGUUCACGUGUCGAGAAGCAUCCAACAGCUCGUUGACAAGGGCUCGAUGCUGCUUGCCCUGAACUCGUUACGGAAUUUGGAGAGCGUGGUUCAUACCGCAGAAGUUUUGAAAGAGUUCUGGCCCAAUGCUGAAGGCGUUGAAAAGCUGUUCCGCGUCCUGGUCGAUCGAUACAAAGAUCUUUUGCACCGAGAACACCGCGACGAAGAGUCUACCACGACUGCCGACUUUUGCAACAUUGACUGGGAAACCAUGCUGUUGUUUGAUUCCCAACCUCGACUCAUGGAAUUAGACUGGAUGGACGCGUUAAGUAACUAG